AUGGGAUGUAGCGGGCGGCUGUUGGGACCCGUCGGGGGCCGCCGCGCCUCGUUGCUCCUCACCAUGAUCUUCUUCUUCACCUACUUCUUCUACUGCCUGCCGGGACCUUGCGAGCCGCUGCCCCCCACCCUGCUGCUGCCACCUCCCGCCGCUCUCCCCGACGGCUCCGAAAUGGGGCUGGGGAUGCCCGGGGGGGACCCGGGGGUGUUAGGAGGAAGCAGAAGAUUCCCCCAAGCCAUCAUCGUAGGCGUGAAGAAAGGUGGGACCCGAGCGCUGCUGGAGUUCCUGCGGGCGCACCCCGGGGUGCGGGCUGUGGGUGCUGAGCCCCACUUCUUCGAUAGGUGCUAUGAGAAGGGACUGCGAUGGUACAGGAGCCUGAUGCCACGGACCCUGGAGGGGCAGAUCACCAUGGAGAAGACCCCCAGCUACUUCGUGACCAAAGAGGCUCCGCGGCGCAUCUACAACAUGUCCCGGGACACGAAGCUGAUCGUGGUGGUGAGGAACCCUGUCACCAGGGCCAUCUCAGACUACACACAGACUCUCUCCAAAAACCCCUCCAUCCCCAGCUUCCAGGCCCUGGCCUUCAAAAACCUCAGCACGGGGCUGAUCGACACGAGCUGGAGCGCGGUGAGGAUCGGGAUCUACGCCAAGCACCUGGACAACUGGCUGCAGUACUUCCCCCUCUCCAAGUUCCUCUUCGUCAGCGGGGAGAGGCUGGUCAGCGACCCAGCAGGGGAGAUGGGGCGUGUCCAGGACUUCCUGGGGCUCCAGAGGGUGGUGACAGACAAACAUUUCUACUUUAACGAGACCAAGGGCUUCCCCUGCCUGAAGAAGCCAGAAGGCAGCAGCAAGCCUCGCUGCCUGGGGAAAUCCAAGGGGAGACCCCACCCCAAAAUCGACCUGCAGGUGGUGCAGCGCCUGCGGGAGUUCUACAGACCCUUCAACAUGAAGUUUUAUCAGAUGACAGGGCAGGACUUUGGGUGGGACUGA